AUGAUGAAGUAUUUCUGCUUCCGAGGGGAAGAAGGGGAGAAGCGAGGGGGAAAGCGCCCGUCUCCGGCCCGGGCGGCCCCGGCGGCGGCCCCGGCCGGGCAGCUGCGUUUCCGGCUGGAUCCCCUCAGCUCCGCGUCUGGUUUCCCGCGCCGGUCUGGCGCCGCGACACCUUCCCGGGGCCACGGGGAAAACUCAGCCCAAGUUUGGCGGUGGAGCUGGCCGGGGAGCGCUGUGUCUUGUGCCGCUGGAGGGCACUGUGCGGCUAAAGAUGCGGCUCCGUCCCGGCGCGGCAGGUGUGCCCCGGACUCGGGCGAGAGGGAUACAGGUGUGCCCCGGACUCGGGCGAGAGGGGUACAGGUGUGCCCCGGACUCGGGCGAGAGGGGUACAGGGGUCCCCCGGACUCGGGCGAGAGCGGUACAGGUGUCCCCCGGACUCGGCAGGGGACUCAUCUCGCCCCGGGAGCGGAUAGGCGCCCAGAGGCGGUGGAGGUUGUGCUUCUCGUUGUGGCUUUGGUGCCGCCGCUGGAAUUAGCGGCGUCUAUCGGCUUUCUCUUAAUUGAACGACUUUAUGGGCUUCCGGGAAAGCACACGCCCUCCCUGAGCUCCUCAGAGCUGGGGUACGGCCAAGGACCCCGGCCCAGCGCCCCUCCAUCUAAUGCGGCACUAAAGUGCAGCAAGGCAGAGCUGGGCAAGCCAAGGGAGAGAAACUGCAGCCUGCCCGGUGUUGAAUUCAACUACGGCCUCUACACCCGGGGCCUGGACGGAGGGGUCCCCGAAGCCAUCGGGCACUGGAACGUGCUUAAGCAGCAGCCCACCUGCCCCCAGGAGCUGACCCGGAACUACAUCGCCAUGAACCGAGGGGCGGUGAAAGCCGGCCUGGUGACGGCCCACGAGAACAUUCUCUACCGGAGGCUCAAUGACAUCCGCAUCAGUGAGCAGGAUGACCGGCGCCUGAAGAAGGAGCCACCGUCCAUCCCUGCGGACAUGACUUUCGGGAUCCAGUCACGGCCGUCGACACCCUUCUUCGAUCUGCUUCAGCAUCGCUACCAGCAACUGUGGGUGCAGGAGCAGAAGGCCACGCAGGCAGCCAUCAAGCUGGAGAAGAAGCAGAAGGUGGUCCUGGGGAAGCUGUACGACACCCGGAGCAGCCAUCUGCGGAAGUACAAGCCCCCCGUGAAGCUGGACAGCCUCUGGCACAUGCCUCACUUCCAGAAGGCCGUCUCCCAGCUGGACACGUUCCCCACGGAGGCCGAUCGCCAGCGAGCCUUCAGAGCGCACCGUGAAGAGCAGGCUGUGCGCCAGGGGACGCUGCGCAUGGGCAACUACACCCACCCCUAG